AUGGGUUCAAUUCAGAACAGAGUUUAUUAUUGUUGUGUAUCAAAUGGUAGUCGAAUUUUGUAUGCAUUUAGCAGUGGAGACCAUGAGAUUGAGAACUUGGCUGCAUUGUGCUUGGAAAUGACACCUCCUUUUCACCAGUGGUAUUUUCAGACUAUGGGGAAGAAGACUUUUGGGUUUUUGAUGCAAGAUGGAUAUGUCUAUUUUGGUAUUGUAGAUGAAGGUCUCAGUAAUUCGGGAUGUCUUCAGUUUUUAUCACAUAUGAGAGAUGAAUUCAAGAAAGUGGCUAAGAAGGGUUCAAGCAGGAGUAUGUCAAAUCUGAACUCACUCUGUUUACAAGAACAACUAGUGCCAGUUAUCCGCCGUUUGAUCACCUCUCUAGAGCAGGUCUCGCAGAGUGGUACUGAGGAGCCAGCAGAAGCGCCCUCACCUGAUCAUGUUGGCCUCUCUCCAUCACCGUGUAACAGUGCUAAUGGGCAAAUUGAAGCUAGUGCUUCGACAAAAGCCCCUCUGUUGGGCAAGUCUAGCAAACAAGAGAAGAAGAAGAUGAAGGAUCAUGUGAUUGCAAUGAGAGAUAUUGAGUUGGAGGAGCACCGAAAGUCUACAGACAGAAGAGUCAAUGUUGAUUCAGGAACACUUGAUGACAAAGGUGCAGGAAUUUCUUCAAUUUCAUUACGAAAGGAUAUAGGUUCAAUGAGGAUCAGGUCGACUACUCAAAGCAUUCGGAAGAAGUGGUGCCGCCAACUACGAAUUGUUCUUGCUAUUGACGCUGCUGUUUGCCUGAUUCUCUUUGUGAUUUGGUUAGGGAUAUGUGGUGGUAUUGAUUGCGUCCGUUGA